AUGGUUGAGGAUAGCAAUAACAAUGGCAAUAAUGCCAUUAAUCUGGUUCCUGAAGCAAAUAGAGCACUGUGGGAUUAUGUUGUUCCUCUUUUGCAAGGAGCCUCUUUGAGAAAUCUUGAGACCCAAGUGGGACAGCUUGCAAACUCCAUCAACAAUAGACCUCAAGAUUCCUUACCCAGUGACACACAAAUCAAUCCUAAAAGUAAGGAACAAUGCCAAGCAAUCACUUUAAGGAGUGAAAAAAAGAUUAAAGGGGUGAAUGAAAAAGCAGUUGAACCUGAGACUGAACAUGUUGAUAAGGAAGGAAUGUGUGAGAAAGAAAGUGAAAUUAAACAGAAAGAAGAUGACAAGGCUGAAAAUCAAAGAACUUCUCAAGUCAUCCAUUCUCCACCACCUUUUCCCCAAAGGCUCCAAAAGCAAAAGCUUGAAAAGCAAUUUCAGAAGUUCCUCAAUGUCUUCAAGAAAUUACACAUAAAUAUUCCUUUUGCUGAAGCUUUGGAACAAAUGCCCAACUAUGUCAAGUUCUUGAAGGACAUCCUUUCCAAAAAGAGAAAGCUAAGUGAGUUUGAAAUAGUCUCCCUUAUAGGAGAGUCUAGUGCAAUUCUCCAAAAUAAACUACCACCAAAACUCAAAGAUCCAGGUAGUUUCACAAUCCCUUACACUAUUGGUAAUUUAUUUUUUGCAAAAGCGUCGAGUGAUUUAGGUGCAAGUAUCAAUUUAAUGCUUUGGUCAAUUUUUGAGAAACUUGGUUUAGGAGAAUGCAAACCCACUUUUGUUACUUUGCAACUAGCUGAUCGUUCUUAUGUGUACCCAAAAGGAAUUAUUGAAUAUGUUCUUGUCAAGGUAGAUAAAUUUAUUUUUCCAGUUAAUUUUAAAAUUCUUGACAUGGAAGAAGAUAGGAAAAUUCCAAUCAUCCUUGGGAAGCCAUUCUUAGCAAUUGCUAGAGCUUUGAUUGAUGUUGAAAAAUCUUCUUUAAUGCCAACUUUUAAGCCUUAUAUUGAGGAACCAUCUACUUUGGAACUCAAACCUCUGCCUGCACACUUGAGGUAUGCUUUUCUUGGAAAAUUUUCUACUUUUCCUGUUAUUAUUUCUACCUCUCUAACAAACAUGCAAGAGAAGAAGUUAUUGUGGACACUUAGAGAAUUCAAGAAAGCAAUAGGGUGGACCAUAGCUGAUAUUAAGGGAAUUAGCCCUUCUGUUUGCAUGCACAAAAUUCUCCUUGAAGAAAAUCACAAAGCCACAAUUGAACAGUAA